UAACACCUUUGUGGCUCCUGUCUGAAAUGCUUUGCCUGGAGCAGCUGGGAUUUUCCUUGGAAAGGAACUCAGCCCCAGUAGAAGAAAGCAUCAUUUCUCAUCAAUCUUGCUGCACAGUCUCUCACAGCAUAGAAGAUGAAUCCAGGGAAACUGUAAAGCACCCGCACCCACCCAGGAGACACAGGAAGCCCCCUCCGUCCCCCUCCCCUCUCUCUCAACUCUGCACUCAGCGUUAGUGCUGGGCUGUUCGGCAGUGUGCUCAUUGUCUGCCAACACGGCACCUGAUUUCUGCUCCCUUCUCCUCCUGCUCAAGUAUGAUGGAGCUUGGACCAAGGUGCCUCAAUGUGAUCUACUUGUCGGUUCUGUGUCUGUCUCUCUGCCUGCCAGGAGACACGAACACAAAAAAGGCCAUCAAGAUACCCCGCUGUCCAGCGACCUGUUCGUGCACCAAAGACAGUGCCUUCUGUGUGGAUACAAAGGCAAUACCGAAGAGCUUCCCACCUGGGAUCAUUUCUUUGACGAUAGUGAACGCAGCAUUUACGACGAUCCCAGAGGGAGCUUUCUCACACCUUCACCUACUCCAAUUUCUACUCUUGAACUCAAACACAUUCUCCACAAUUUCGGAUGACGCUUUUGCUGGCCUGUCUCACCUGCAGUACCUGUUCAUUGAGAAUAAUGAAGUACAAACUCUCUCAAAGUAUGCCUUCCGAGGACUAAAAUCUCUGACUCAUCUAUCCCUCUCAAACAACAACCAGCAACAGCUGCCCAGAGAUCUAUUUAAACACCUGGAUCUCCUCACAGACUUGGACCUGCGAGGAAACUCUUUCCACUGUGACUGUAAGAUCAAGUGGUUGGUUGACUGGAUAGAAAAGAGCAAUACUUCAGUUCCUCCCAUAUACUGUGCAAGCCCCUUUGAAUUCCAGGGACGGAGAAUCCAUGAUCUUGUCCCGAGAGACUUCAACUGCAUCAGUGCAGAUUUUGCCGUUUAUGAAACGUUUCCUUUCCAGUCUGUGUCUGUGGAGUCUUAUGAGUUCUGCGGAGAUCAGUUUGUUGCCUUUGCUCAACCUGAAUCAGGUUUCUGCACUCUUUAUGUGUGGGAUCAUGUAGAAAUGGCCUUUAGGACAUUUCAUAAUAUUACAUCUCGUUCAGCGCUGUACUGCAAACCAGUGGUGAUGGACAACACACUUUACAUGGUUGUGGCCCAACUUUUUGGCGGAUCUCACAUCUACAAAUGGGAAGAGGACCCCCUUCGUUUUGUGAAGAUCCAAGAUAUUGACACAAUUCGUGUGAGGAAGCCCAACUUCGUGGAGACCUUCCAUUUGGAUGCUGAAUGUCCCUCCAUCCUUGGCACCGUGACACGCAUGUGGAGUUUCUCGAUGUUGGAGGAAAGCCUCACCUCAUCCUCUCCAGUGCCACUCAACCACCAGUGGUUUACCAGUGGAACCGAGGCCAGAAGCAGUUUGAUUUCUUCUCUCAAAUCACAGAGCAAGCUGACGUGCAGAUGGUCAAGCACUUUUGGGUUAGAAAGGCGCUUUACCUGUGCCUUACCCGCUUCAUUGGUGACUCAAAGAUUCUCCGCUGGGAAGGCCAGCGUUUCAUUGAGAUCCAAGCUCUUCCCUCUCGCGGUUCGAUGGUUGUGUAUCCCUUCACAGUGGGUCUUCGUCAGUAUCUUAUCCUUGGGAGUGAUUUCUCCUUUUCCAGAGUGUACUUGUGGGAUGAUCUCACUCAGCGCUUUCAGCCCUUCCAAGAACUUAACAUCAGAGCUCCAAGGGCCUUCAGCUUGGUGUCAGUCGACAACAAAGACAUUCUGGUGGCUGCCAGUUUCAAGGGCAAUUCCCUGGCCUACCAGCAUCUGCUGGUCGAUCUCAGUGCUAAGUAGAGAUGUGAGAGACUACAGGAUGUGCCAAAAACAACAACAUGCAGCCAUACAGGUGCAUCUCAAAUUAGUUGUGGAAAACUCAGUUUAUUCAAGUCGAUCAAUUCAAAGUGAAAUUCAUUUAUUACUCUACAUAAGAGUCACUACACAUAAUACAUAAAUAUUUAAUGUGUAUAAUUUUGAUUAUUUAUAGCUUAGUGCUGACGGAAACCUCCAAGUUAGGUCGGUAUAAUGACUUUCACUUUUUGAAUUGAACAACGGAAAUAAGUAAACUUUUCUACAAUUGUAAUUUAUUGGGAUGCACCUGUAUGGAAGUUUUGUUAUUUCACACGUUUUAAAUGACUAACUUAAAAAUGAUUCAAAUCUAUUUUCUGAAUUAUCCCAAGAAAUCGUGCAUUAAUAAUGUUAUAAUUUAGCCUCAGUGCCAUGCUGACUGAAAUGUCAAGUUACUGCUUCUGUAUAUAUUGUUAUCGUUGAAAUGCAUGUGAAUUUAUUGAAUCAGUCACUUGCAGUGUUGCCACAGUUACUUUGAAAAAGUACCUUACUUAGUUACUUUACUGAUUACUUCAUUAGAUUAAGUUAGAUUAAGAAAUUAGAUUACAAGUAACUUUUUCGUUACUUUCAGCAGCUGCCAUGUGGCAGGAAUAUCACUUAUCCACUGUACAAAAAAAAAACGCAUUAGCUAAACCGUACCCAUAACUUGGUAAUGUACGUCAAGAAUAACGUCACCAACAUGAACCAAUAACUGAAAUGUGUGUGCAGUGGAAACCACAUUAAAUGAGUAGCAUUUAAAGUAACUAUUGAUAGUAUGAUAUGGUAACUGUAAUCUAAUUAAUUCCCUGGCUAUAACAACACGGCAUUAAUCGUUUCUCAGAAUGGCCACCAUUUAAGAGUAACACGUUACAGUUAAAAAGGUAUCACUGGAUAGUGAUGUUAUGUUUGAUACGUGGUGAAAAAGGAUAUUGAAGUUUACGUGUAAAAUUUUUAAAAGCUAUAAAUCAUCACUGCAGCACCUCAAAUUUUGAAAUAUAUUUAUAUAAUAUUACAUAUCCUUAUGUCCUCAUUUUAUUUUGCACUAACAACAAACAUUUGAUUCACAAGGAGAGAACAAAUUAAAUGACACUGCGAGUCAAUUUAAUAGUUGUUUAUCAUGGAUUUUGUCUUCAUUAAUGUAUAAUGUAAUUGUGUUAUUAAUCCUCUUAAUGCAAUAUAUAUUUUUUGGAUGCGUUGGAAAAAUUAGGAGUGCAAUGUCUAAUUCAGUGGAUUGAUAUCAUUAAUCACUUUAGCACUAAUGUAUGUUUUUGA